CAUUUUUGAACGCGUAUAAUACUAAAAUGGAAAUUUUGCUGAAUCUAACACUAGACGAAAUUUGUGAGCAAAGAAAAGAUAAAUUUUCUUUAAAUUUAAGAAAAAGAAGGCUAUUGAAGUCAAAGAGAAAAAUGUUUAGUACAAAUGCUUGUCUUUAAAAAGAAAAAUACCUAAAAACAAAUCGUUUCUUAAAACAAUAAAGUCGUUUCCCGAGGACCUUUUCUAUUCCCAUUUCCGAAUGAAUUGGGCCACUUUUAAACUUGAAAAAAUGCCCCAUUACAGAGGCUUAUUUCACUUAAAUACAAACACAAUACCAAAAGCUUGGCAGGAGAUUUUAUCUUAUUUUAUGCGUGCACGCAUAAAUAUAAUUAUCUCUUCGGAUGUGCAUGACGGCAGCCUGAAACUCUAUGCCGAAUAUAUGAUGCGUUUCCAGGAUAUUAACAGUGACAUGCACGAACUGUUGGCUUUCGAAGAUGUGUUGGAAGAGCCGCUGCAACCAUUGUACGAUAACUUGGAUUGUUACACUUAUGAGGUCUUCGAAAAGGAUCCUGCCAAAUAUAAGCUUUAUCAAGAGGCCAUUGAACAAGCACUUUUGGACCGUGUUGCUGAAAAAGACAAGGAAAAGAAAUUGACCGUUAUAAUGGUGUUAGGGGCAGGUCGAGGUCCACUUGUACGUUCAGCGCUAAAUGCCGCAGAAAACACCGGGCGUAAAGUGCGCGUCUACAUUAUCGAGAAAAAUCCCAACGCUAUACGCACACUGAAUGCUAUUGCUAAAAAAUUGUGGUACAAGAAAGAUGUGCAUAUAUUCUCUAAGGAUAUGCGCGAAUUCUCACCACCUGAACCAGCCGAUAUUCUAGUCUCUGAGCUAUUGGGCUCAUUUGGUGAUAAUGAACUUUCACCAGAAUGCUUGGAUUGUGCACAAAAACUACUAAAAUCCGAUGGCAUAAGCAUUCCCUGCAAGUCUACCUCCUAUAUCAAUCCAAUAAUGUCUUCCAAGCUGCUUAAUGGUGUGCGUCAAGUGCUGCGUCACGAGACAUUUGGUCGGCAAAAGCAGGCCACUUAUCAUACACAUGCAGAGAGUGGCUUUGUUGUGCUACUCAAAAAUAUAUACAAUAUUGGCUUGCCACAAUCUUUGUUCGAAUUUGUACAUCCUAACCCUCAAAGUCCAAUUGAUAAUAGUCGCUAUAAAACAUUGCGCUUCGAAGUGGAAUUGGAUUGUGUGCUUACGGGUAUAGCGGGCUACUUUGAUACGGUGCUUUAUAAGGAUAUUAAGCUGAGCAUUAACCCACAAACGCACACGCCAGGCAUGUUCUCUUGGUUUCCGAUGUACUUUCCGUUCACGGAACCAAUGGACGUAAAAAAAGGUCAAACUAUUGAAAUUCACUUUUGGCGUUGCGUUACAAAACAAAAAAUUUGGUAUGAAUGGUGUUUGGCUGCGCCACUCCGCACCCAUAUACACAAUCAUGGUGGACGCUCGUGUCCCAUCUACUGUACAUAAGCAUAAAGACGUACGUUGCA